GAGCAGUUUCUGGCACCUUAAGCACAAGUGACCUGAACACGGUGAUGAGUGGUGUUAAGAACUUGGAGACGGCUCUUGAAUGCACUAGUUUUUCAGAGCCGAAAUCACUGAAAGAAGGAAAUCUUACUGCAUACCUGCACAAAGCAGAUAAAUCCUCCGGAAAUUUGAACAUUUAUGCCAAUGACAGCAAGGCAAGCACAAAUGCCUCACAGGUGUUGAACAGCAUAGUGCAGGUCACCCUACCAGAGGAGCUUGUAGCAACAAUUGAGAACACAACGGUGGUCUUCUGUAUGAUAAUCUCACCCAAGCAAUAUGAGAAUGUGACAGAUGGCCGAAUUAUCGGUGUGAGCGUCAGUGGAAAGAAUGUCUCAGGUCUGAAGAGUCCUGUGAUUAUCUCUGUGCGUGUGGGCCCACUUGUAAGCAGAAAGCCAAAGUGUGUAUUUUACAACUUCACAUCUUCUAACUUCGAAGAUAGUGGUUGUUCAACAAGGUGGAUAACAGCAGAGGACUUGGUUAUCUGCUCAUGUGAUCACCUCACCUACUUUGCAGUAUUAAUGGUAUCUCCCAAUAAUGUUUCUGAGAAAGACAAAGUUGUUCUAUCCUACAUCAGUCAAGUUGGAUGCAGUUUGUCUUUGCUGUUCCUGGUGAUCGCAGUCAUCCUCUACUUUGUGAAAUGGCGCUCCUCGGGAGAUCAGUCUCAGAAAGUGCACAUUAGCCUGGGUGUGGCUCUCAUUCUGUUGAAUGGACAUUUCAUAAUGAAUGAUCUAGUUGUAAAUGUACAAACUGCAUGUAUCUACGUGGCAGUUCUACUCCACUACUCUCUGCUGGCCACUUUCACCUGGACAGCUAUUGAAGGAUUCCACCUCUACAUGCUGCUGCUGAGGGUCUUUAAUAUCUACAUCAGGAGAUAUCUACUCAAACUAAGCCUGGUGGGCUGGGGUUUUCCUGCUGUUGUUGUUAUUUUGAUCUUCAUCAUUGACAAAAAUGUGUACCUGAAUGUGGGCUCAUCUUCAGGGAACAGCAGCAACACCGAAGUAUGCUACAUCUCCAGUGGUGUAGUGAAAAAUGUCACCAUUUACGGCUUCUUCUGUGUGAUAUUUGCCUUUAACCUGGGCACGUUGGUGGUGGUUGUCCGGACUCUUUUCUUCAAGCGCCAUGUGUUCCCGGGUCGACAUCAGAAACGUAGAGCCAAAGACGUCUGCACAAUUCUGGGCAUCACCUGUCUACUGGGCAUCACCUGGGGUCUGAUCUUCUUCCCCUUUGGCCAGCUUUCCACCGUUGGCCUCUAUUUCUUCUGUAUAUUCAACUCACUGCAGGGAUUAUUCAUCUUCAUUUGGUUGUGCUUGUCCAAAUCAACAUCUAGUGAGAGCCAAGAGAAUAUGAACACACACACAACCAAUACCUAAACUCCACUGCAACUCUGUGGCCAAUUACUGGGUCAUUUAGGGGACACUUUUAAAGAUCAUAUAUAAAUACAUACAGGUUCUCAAUUUAUUAACUCUUAACAGUGGAGUGGAGUUAGGUCCAAAUCAAUCUCCUCCCCAUCUUGUUUCUUGUGGUCCUGGGAUUUAAACUACCUUUGGAGCUGCUUGUUUCUUUUGCUUUUGCAUCCGUUUGUCAUUAUUAUUUAUAUUGUUUAUGUACAUUCUUGUAUGUUUUGCACAAAAAAUAUUUGUACUUUUAAGCUUUUUGUAUUUGAAUGUCUGUUGAACGUGUGUGUGUGUGUGUGUGCGUGUGCAAGUUUUCAUAUUUUAAGACAAUGUCACAACCCAGCUCAAAACUCUGAGGCCAUAAUUGGUGUUCAAAAACAUCCAACCAAAUACUGCAGUUACAGCACAUUUGGCACUAGAGGGCACUGUGGGUGUAAACAAAAAAUAUAGUUGAUCCAGUGUGUUUAGUGCCUGAACAGUGGUUGGCCAGUAAAAAGGAAAUUGUUCUACAAUGGCCAAAUCAAAGUCCAGACCUCAAUCCAGUCAAGAACCUGUGGCACUGUUUGAAAAUUGCGGUCCAGGAGCAUCGUCUGACCAACCUGUACAACCUGGAGUGAAUCUGCCAGCAAGAAUGACUCCUAAACAGUGAGCAAAGUUCGUAGAAAUGUACCCCAACAGACUUAAAGCUGUCACUUUAGCAACAGGUGGUUCUACCAAGUAGUAGUCUGAAGGGUUGAAUACUUAUGCAAACAGCAUUUUUACAUUUUACAUCAGAUCUAUUGACAAAUCAGGAGCUUUGAAAAUGUAC